GCAAGGCGUGGCUGAACGGACUGCCAACUCCGCUGCUGGAGCAGUGGUCGGUGGACUGCUGGCACGGGGGCAUGUGGGUUUCGUUUGAGCGGUGCUGUGACAUGGAGAUCUCCCCGGAUACGCCAGGCGCGUACCGGGGCACCAGCGAGGGCGUCGGUUUCAACGCCGCCUGCCACACGUUCUUUGGGAACCACAACACCUACGAGCGCUGUUGCCUGGCCGAGUUCGUGCUGGUGGAGCGCAAAUCGGUCCUCUACAACGGGUACUUGGAGCGGGUCAAGACCCUGUCUAACGACCGCCGCUACCUGACGCGACAGGAGUACCGGUGGUUCCACGACACGAAGGAAAACAAGCCGCCCGGCUUCUUCUCCGUGCCCGACGAACCGCGGCUGGCCGACCUGGUGUCCCCAAGUAGUAGUGCGUCUGCAGCGGAGGUGAAGAUUUCAUCUCCUGGAGCGCGACAAGGAGAACGCCAUCUUCAACCAGAGUUGCUGAUGCCUUAUCAGGAGGGCUACGGGAUGAUGAAAAAAGAGGAUCGUAGCACUCUUGCGACUUCUGAGGCCGAUCAUUUCACCACGACGGCACAGAUGAUUUCGGAUGAAUUGGCUGCUGAACAGGAAGCGAGACUAGCGGUCGUUCGAUCCGCGCAAGAAGAAUCAGG